AAAUAACUGAAGUGAGAACAUCACUGACCUGCUUUAUAAGGUUUCUCAUGGCAAGUAGCUUUCCAUUUUCUGAACCCACAAACAGCAGCUGCUGCUCCACAGUCUCAACUGCAGAGUUUCUGUGAACGGAGAUAGUCAGACUACUUCACUUCCUGCUAUACAACAUAACACAAGAACAGCCAGUUGUUUGCAGGGUUUUAGAAGACAAGAACUUAAAGAAGAGGUAAACAUUCGAAAUUCAAAGCCAAACACUGCUGGGUGAAGGGCACAGAAUAAAAACAUUUCAAAGACAAAAAAAAAAAAAAAAAAAAUCAAGGCAAAUCCAAUGGAUCUUCUGUUUGACAUGAAAAAAGAAUCAAGAAAAAACAUGGGAAAACUACAACAAAUCACAUUAUAUAUCGUCCUCUUUGGUUUCAUUUCCCCAUGUAGUGCAUUUUCCUUACAGAACUGUACAAUCAGUACUCCCCUUAGAGAUAUCCAACCGAAAGUGCUUUGCUACAAAAUGGGCUUUUUCAGGAUUCCAUGGUGGAUACCCAGAAAUACCCAGAUUUUAGAUAUUUCCUUCAAUGCUUUUGCACAGAUCCAGAUUGGAGACUUUAGGCAUUUGUCAAACUUACAGGACUUGAACAUAUCCAACAAUAGGAUCUCACAAAUUCAAGAGGGUGCACUUGACGAUCUUUCCAACUUGACCUAUCUCAAUCUGGCCAGCAACAGACUGAAAGCGGUCUCAAGCGGGAUGCUACACGGCCUAAGCAACCUGCUGGUGCUACGUCUGGAUGACAAUAAUAUCAAAGACAUUGAAGAGUCAGCUUUCAGCACGCUUCAGAAUUUAAAGGUGUUAAACCUAACAAAAAACCACCUCCAUUACAUAGACAAAGUCAAGCCGGUUCUUGCAUCACCACUUUUGGAGGAACUCUACAUCGGAAGCAACAGUUUCGAUGUUUUCAACUCAUAUGAGAUGUCAACAAAGCCCUUGUCAUUAAAAAAGCUUGAUUUUUCCAACAACCCUUUGGCAACAUUUCAGCUCACUGACAAUAUAUUUCCAUCCCUCAAUCACCUUGAUUUAUCUUAUUGUGGUCAAAAUGGAAGCAUGACGUGGAAUGUUACAGAAAAGACAUACUUCUCCUCCGUGCAAACAUUAUACUUCAUGGAUGUUAAUAUGUCACCCCAGAGUGUUGCAAAUGUGCUUCCGAGCUUCAAGAAUUCAUUGAAUAAAAUCAGGUUUAAUGGAAACGUUGAGCUUAACAAGACCAACCUACUACUGAGCGCAUGCUCUCCAAUGCUAAGAGUUGUACGGCUAAAUGCUAACAAAAUAAAACACCUCACCGACAACAUGUUUGAUCCCUGUUCUGACCUGACAGAAUUAGAUUUAGGACAGAAUGAAAUAUCCAAGUUAUCACAGAGUAUGUUCAGAGGUUUCACUCAACUAAAAAAACUGCUUCUGCAAAUCAAUAAACUGACUCAAAUAACAAACUCCUUUCAAAUUCUUUCCACGCUUGAGUUCAUAGAUCUCAGUAGAAACAGCAUCAACAAGCUCACCUGUGAUGACUUUGCCAAUUUAACACAGGUGAAAACUCUGUACUUGUAUGGUAACAAAAUCUCUCUCAUUAGAUCCUGUUUGUUCAAGGACCUCAAGAGUCUUGAAGUCCUAAAGCUUGGAACUAAUGAUCUGUUAAGGAUCGACGAUGCUUUCAGCAAUGGGCCACAUUCUCUGAAGGAUCUGCAAAUUAAUUAUAAUAAGCUAAGCAAAAUAGAAAAAUACACUUUUAGAAAUUUGUCACAGUUAAACAGUUUGACCUUAAAUGACAAUCAGAUUUCAGAGAUUGAAGCCCAAGCUUUCGAAGGACUGAAGAAUCUGACUUCUCUGUUUCUGUCAUCAAACAAAAUAACAGCUAAAACAUUAACCAGAUACCCGAAUGUGUUCUCAGGCAUGCCCAACCUCCAAAAUCUGGAUUUGUACGCCAACAGCAUUUCAUUUGCAGAUAAUAAAUUGAAACACCCUCCUUUUAAGGAUCUGAAUCAACUCAGGGUAUUGACCCUUCACAGUCAACGCCGUGGAAUCGACAAAAUACCCUCAAAUCUGCUUCAAGGUUUAUCCUCCAUGGAAAUGUUUUAUGUUGGAAACACAAAUCUUGGUCAUCUAAAUCCUGAUACAUUCAAGUUCAGCCCCCAGCUCUGGUUCUUGGAUCUCUCCAAGAACGCACUGUCUGAAGACAACUCGAUUCCGGCUGAGCUCUUCCACCCCAUUUCGGGGCUAACCAAACUCAUUCUUUCAAGAACGCAGCUUCGCUCACUAAAUUUCCUGUUGAAUGCAAAUCUCUCCAGACUCUCGACCUUAAAAGCCCCAGGCAAUGAGAUCGACACGAUCAACAAAACUCUGAUUCAGUCACUGCCUCGACUAGAAGUCCUCGACUUGCAGAAAAACACCUUCACUUGCGACUGUCACAACGAGUUCUUCAUUGAAUGGGCCAUGAAAACUAAUUCUACUCAGGUGUUUUAUUUUAACAGGUACACGUGUAGCUAUCCUCGUUCCUUACGAGGCAUGAGCUUGACAGCUUUCAACAUCGAAUCCUGCACCUUGAACAUUGACUUCAUCUGCUUUCUUUGCAGCAGUAUUAUGGUCACUCUCACCCUCCUCUUGUCCUUUGUCUGGCAUUUUCUGCGCUAUCAGGUGAUUUAUGCAUACUACCUCUUCUUAGCCUAUCUUUACGACAGCAAGAAGAAGCAGACCGUUUCAACGAUCCGGUACGACGCCUUCAUUUCCUACAACACCGAAGACGAGCCUUGGGUAAUGGAGGAACUCAUUCCCAAAUUAGAAGGAGAACAGAGCUGGAGAUUGUGCCUGCACCAUCGAGACUUUGAACCAGGAAGGCCAAUAAUAGACAACAUCAUUGAUGGCAUAUACAGCAGCCGCAAAACCAUCUGCCUGAUCACUAGGAACUACCUGAAGAGCAACUGGUGUUCAAGUGAGGUUCAGGUGGCAAGCUAUAGGCUCUUUGAUGAGCAGAAGGAUGUGCUGAUCCUGGUGUUCCUGGAGGAUAUUCCCGCACAUCAGCUCUCUCCACACCACAGGAUGCGGAAGCUGGUGAAAAAACGAACUUACCUCCGCUGGCCCAAACCUGGAGAAGAUACUAAGAUCUUCUGGCAAAAGCUAAAAAUGGCUUUAGAGACCAGAGAGGGUCAUAACCCAGAGAGUUCAAUUCUGUGAGGGUAUUAUAACAAUAUUGCACAGUACACUGUCAUCUUUGAGAAAACUUUGGGGGGUUUUCCCCCAAAGACUGUGGUACAAAUUCUCUGGUAUAGCACUGUGUCAUAUUUAAAUUUUGUUGUAAUUCUUUUAAGUGCAAAUGCAUCCAUUAUAUGAAAAGUAGACUU